AUGCGCCUCCGAGCUGUCCUCAACAUAAUCGUCAUGGCGGCCACGGUCGUGGGUCUGCAUGCGCUCUUCAACUGGGUGAGCGGUCACGAUUCCUAUCUCUACUUCUUCCUGUGUCUCUUUAUAUGGAGGUAUGCGAGGUUAGUCAUCAACCUGGUCGCUUUCUGGUGUUACUCACCUGCCCGCUGCCCGCGGAAGGAGGGACCGACCUACGUGCCACGGCGAGACGUGACGGCGGUCAUUCCCACGGUAGUAGCCAACCCUGACGACGCAGACUUCCAAGAGUGUCUUGUGUCGUGCGCGCAGAACGGGCCAGCCAAGAUCGUGAUUGUCACGGCCGGCGACGCUCUCUGCGCCAGGGUCCAAGCAAGCAUUCGCAAGGUCGAAGUUCGUUUCCCUUUAGUCGAGUUUGUGGUCGACAGGACGCAGGUCGCUAACAAGCGCGUUCAAGUGGCGCACGCCAUAGCGCACAUCGACACGCCCAUCACGGUGUUGCUCGACGACCAUGUGUUCUGGGGCCCGCGCUUCCUCCAGUCUGUCCUGUGCGGCUUCGAGGACGCCUCGGUGGGUAUCGUUGGCACGAACAAGCGGGUGCGGAGGAAAGAGGACGUGGACAUUUGGGGCCGCAUCUGGAACAUGCUCGGCGCGACGUACCUCUACCGGCACAACUUUGAGAUCCGAGCGACGAACACGGUCGACGGCGGCGUCUUUGUGGUGUCGGGCCGGGCCUGCGCCAUUCGCACCGAGAUCCUGCGCAGUCGUGAAUUCCUCCAGGACUACACCACUGAACGGUUCUUCUUUGGCCUCUUGGGGCCGCUCAACCCGGACGACGACAACUACAUCACACGGUUCAUUGUGCGCAACGGCUGGAAGAUUAAGAUUCAGUACUGUGAAGACGCGGUGAUGGAGACGACCAUCGGCAUCGAGAAGCCGCUGGCUCGCAAGUUCCUCGGCCAGUGCCGGCGCUGGGCACGCACGACGUGGCGAUCCAACAUUUGCAGCCUCGUGACCGACCGCACCGUGUGGGCCACCCAGCCGUACUGCGUCUAUGCCGUCUACCUGACGUCGCUGACCAACUUUGCUGCCGUCGUGGACCCGCUGCUCGUCUACCUCCUGACCCGCUCCUCCUUCUACGCGGCGCACUCUUAUGCUCUGCCCAGCCUGGUCGUUUGGACUCUGAUGAGCAAGACGGUCAAGGUAUUCGACUAUUUCCGUCGACAUCCGCAGGACAUCAUAUGCUUCCCUGUCUACUUGCUCUUCGGCUACUUCCACAGCCUCAUCAAGCUCUGGGCCUUGCUGACAUUCUGGGACUGCACAUGGUCAGGACGCCGCCUCGACAAGAUCCCCACUAGCACCACCACCACCACUACUCCCAUUAAAACCCCUGAUCCCGCCAUCGUGAACGACAAUCCACAGUCAGCACAUCCUCCCCGCCCCAUAUCAACGCUCCGCACGCUCCGCAACCUCCGCGCCCGCGUCGCCGAGAUCAGCGAGCAGAACCUGGCCUACAUCGAGAACUACCAGCUCCCACUCAUCGCCGCGCUGAGGCAGCUCAGGGAGGCGUUUGAGGCGCUGCAGCGCGAGCAGCGCACCGCCGACACGCAUGGGAAGAACCUGCGCGCGGAGCUGCGGCGCGUCGCUGAGCUUUCUGCUGCGGCGAGGGAGAUGAAUUCUCUGAGGAAGAGGACUUCUUCUUCUGUUGGUGGUAGUGGAGAGGAGGAGGAGGUGGUGGGAGUGGGGGUGGACGAGACAGAGAGGGAGAUUUUGAAGGCGAUGGAGGAGGUGGAGCGCGUGGUGGACUGGAUGAUCAAUGGGGGCCGGUGGAGUAAGAAGGCUGCUAAUAAGGGGAAGGGAAAGGAUAAGAUUUUCAAUGGUGGUGUGGUCUCGCCUCCUGGUUGCUCGUCAUCUUCUUCUUUGAUUGCUAAUGCUGAGAAGAGGUGA